UUCUCUUCCAAUCUUAAAAAAAAAAAAAAAAAACCCAAAAUCCCUCCUAAUGAUUCUGCCAUCGGCGCCGCCGCCGCUACUCUCCGCCGCCGUCGCCGUUCUAUUCAUCAUCGGAAAUGUCCGAUCGGCGAUUCCUGAGCAGCAAUUCAGAGAAGCGCCGAAAUUCUACAACUCGCCGGAAUGCGCCCGGCGUCCCGACAGAAACCCCGCCGCCGGCGACACCCAAACCCUCGUGUGCGCCGCCGGCGUCAUCCAUGUGGCGAUGACGCUGGACGCGGCGUACAUCCGCGGGUCGAUGGCGGCGGUGCUGUCGAUUCUGCAGCACACGGCGUGCCCGCAGGACGUGUUCUUCCACUUCGUGGCGUCGGCGUCGGCGGACGCGUCGCGUCUACGCGCCACCAUCGGCGGCUCGUUUCCGUACCUGGAUUUCGAGAUCUACCCGUUCCACGACGCGGCGGUGGCGGGGCUGAUCUCGACGUCGAUCCGGUCAGCUCUCGACUGCCCGCUGAACUAUGCCCGGAGCUACCUCGCCGACCUCCUGCCGCCGUGCGUCCGCCGCGUCGUCUACCUGGACUCCGACCUGGUCCUCGUCGACGACAUCGCCAAGCUCGCCGGAAUCCCUCUCGCCGGCGACCUCGUCCUGGCGGCGCCGGAAUACUGCAACGCCAAUUUCACCUCCUACUUCACACCGACCUUCUGGUCCAGCCCUUCCCUCUCCCUCACCUUCUCCAACCGCCGCGCCUGCUACUUCAACACCGGCGUCAUGGUCAUCGACCUGGCGCGGUGGCGCGCCGGCGGCUACACGACAAAGAUCGAGGAAUGGAUGGAGCUCCAAAAGCGUAUGAGGAUCUACGAAUUAGGAUCCCUCCCGCCGUUCCUGCUGGUGUUCGCCGGAAAAAUCGCCGCCGUCGACCACCGCUGGAACCAGCACGGCCUCGGCGGCGACAAUUUUCGGGGACUUUGCCGGGACUUGCAUCCCGGCCCCGUCAGCCUCCUCCAUUGGAGCGGCAAAGGCAAGCCGUGGGCUCGGCUCGACGCCAGCCGCCCCUGCCCUCUGGACGCCCUCUGGGCCCCCUACGAUCUGCUCAAACCCAAAUAUUCCUUCGACUCUUAACCCGACCCGACCCGAGAAUUGUAUAUAUAUGAUAUACAGAGGAGGAUGCAAUUUUAUUUUUUAUUUUUUUGUAUUGGUAAGUGUUUCGAUUUUUGGAAUAAUUGCACUGUGGUGCUUCAGAUCAUUUUUUCUGUUUUAUUAUUAUUUUUAUUGUUAAUUUUGUACAGAAAAUUUAUUGAUUGAUAUUUUUUGAGGAAAGAAAUAACAAUAAUUGUUGUUUAUAGUAAUGUUUUCUAUUUUAAGCUG